AUGGUUGUUUUUGACGGUCACGAGUAUCUCACCGAGGAAGAGCGCCGUCUCAAGGAGGAUCGCGAGCGCCAGCGCUACUGGAAGAAAUGGGGACCCUAUGUCGCUGAACGACAGUGGGCUACCGUCCGAGAGGAUUACAGCCACGAUGGUGAUGCCUGGAGUCAUUUUCCGCACGAACAUGCCCGGUCGCGAGCCUUUCGCUGGGGUGAAGACGGCAUCGCCGGUGUAUCAGAUACACAUGGCUGGCAAAAUAUUGGAUUUAGCUUCUGGAACGAAAAAGACGACUUCUUGAAGGAACGUCUAUUUGGCCUCUCCAAUCCUCAGGGUAAUCACGGCGAAAGCGUCAAGGAAGCUCAUUUUCAUGUUGACAAUACACCUCAUUCCUAUAUGAAAUUUCUUUACAAAUAUCCCCAGAAAGCUUUUCCCUACGAAGAUCUCAUCAAGGAAAAUGCGAGGCGAUCGAAACAAGACAAGGAAUACCAAAUCAUCGACACCGGUGUCUUCGACGAGGACCGCUACUGGGACAUUUUCAUUGAGACAGCAAAGGAAGAAAAUGACCCCGAUGAGCUCUUAUUCCGAGUCACAGCUUGGAAUCGUGGACCUGAUCCUGCCCCUCUUCACAUUAUCCCCCAAGUCUGGUUCCGCAACACAUGGAGCUGGGGUAUCGAGCCGCCAGAGAAGAAGCCCAUCGUGACCGCCAAUUCCGAGCUCUCUGCCUCGUCCAAUCACUGGAGCCUCGGCCAAAGACACCUGACUCUCUCGCCCUCUCCUGGUGUUGGUUCGACUGGUGAAGAUGUUCUUCCAGAGCUGCUUUUCACUGAGAAUGACACAAACGUCAAGAUCUUGUAUGACCAGAAGAACACACAGCCCUAUGUCAAGGACGGGUUCCAUCGCUAUAUUGUGAAUGGAGAGAAGGACGCCGUCAACCCUGCGCGAAAUGGUACGAAAUGUGCUGCCUGGUUCAGUUUCAACGAAGACGGUGGUGUGAACCCGGGUGAAUGUGCAGUGGUUCGCUUUCGCUUUUCCAAGAAAGAACAGAGCUAUCUAGAUGAGGAGGAAUUCGACAAUGUGAUUGAAAAGCGUAAACAGGAGGCCGACGAGUUCUACUAUCGUCUAAGCCCGCUGCCCAUGACAGACGACUUGAGAAGCAUCCAGCGACAGGCCUUCUCUGGCAUGAUGUGGACAAAACAACAUUAUCUCUUCAUCUGGGAUCAAUGGGCCAAUGGUGAUCCCGCGACGCCUCCACCUCCACCAGAAAGAAAAUCAAUUCGCAACACUCAAUGGCGUCAUAUGCAUUGCGACGACAUCUUGUCCAUGCCAGACUCAUGGGAAUAUCCAUUCUUCGCCGCCUGGGACAGCGCCUUCCACUGUAUCCCCUUGGCCAUGAUAGACCCCGAUUUUGCCAAGAAGCAGCUUGAUCUUUUCACCAGAGAAUGGUACUGCCAUCCCAAUGGCCAAUUACCAGCAUAUGAAUGGAAUUUCAGCGAUGUGAACCCUCCCGUCCACGCUUGGGCCACGUUCCGUGCAUUCAAGAUCGAGCGAAAACUCUAUGGUCGCCAGGACUUGGACUUUUUGGAACGCAUAUUCCAAAAACUGCUGAUCAACUUCACCUGGUGGGUAAAUCGAAAAGACACCGAAGGCAAAAAUGUCUUUGCGGGCGGUUUCCUUGGCCUCGACAACAUUGGUUUGUUCAAUCGUUCAGAGCCUCUGCCUACAGGCGGUGUGCUGGAGCAGGCAGACAGCACCGGCUGGAUGGCAUUCUUUUGCUUGUCCAUGCUCAACAUUGCUCUGGAGCUAGCCAAGCAUCGUCGCAUUUACGAAGACAUUGCGUCCAAGUUCUUUGAGCACUUCAUCCUUAUCAGCGAUGCCAUGACCUUUAGGGAAGGCAACAAGAAUGAGCAGUCUUUGUGGAACGACGAAGACGGCUUUUACUACGACGCCAUUUCUUAUGGCGGCCCGCACAUUCAGCAGCUGCCCGUCCAUUCACUGGUUGGGCUCAUUCCGUUAUAUGCCACGACGACGCUGGAGCCAGAGCUCAUGAAUAUGCUGCCGUCGUUUCGUAAGCGUGUCGAAUGGUUCAUCCACAACCGACUGGACGUCGCCGAGCGAAACAUGGCGAGCAUCAGAAAGAGAGGAAAGGGCAACAGAAUUCUUCUCUCAAUCGUCAGUAAGGAUCGCUUGGAGAAGAUUCUAAAACGCAUGCUAGACGAGGACGAAUUCUUCAGCGACCACGGCGUACGGUCGCUGUCCAAAUUCCACAAAGACCACCCUUUCUCCAUGAACGUCAACGGGCAAAUCUUUGAGGUUGGCUACGUCCCUGGCGACUCGGAUAGCGGCCUCUUUGGCGGCAAUAGCAACUGGAGAGGCCCCAUCUGGCUGUGCGUCAACUUUCUCUUGGUCGAGUCUUUGCAAAGAUUCUAUCUCUUCUACGGACCUGAGUUUCAGGUCGAGUGUCCGACUGGCAGCGGCGACUACAUGCAUCUGGGCAAAGUGUCUGAGGAGAUUCAGCAUCGCCUGCAGCACUUGUUUGCUCGCACAGACGAUGGCAGGAGGAGCGUCAAUGCCGGUAACGACAUGCUCGACUUUGACGAGAACUGGAAAGACUAUCUCUGGUUCCAUGAGUUCUUUGACGGUGACACUGGACGUGGUCUCGGUGCCAGCCAUCAGACGGGCUGGACCGGCCUCAUUGCACGAAUGAUUCACGACACUGGUGUUAGCUGUCGUCUCCCACAGACGCCGCGCACGCCGUCCGCCGCCAUGUCGCACUACUUUGACGACAUGUUCCAGCGCAGCGUCGACGUCGGCGUCCCGCAGUCUCCGCGCAUGCACCGCAUCCGCCGCUCCUCGACGGCGCGCUCCAUUGGCGCCCGCAGCGACUUUGUCUUUGACGAAGCCAACGACGACGCCCGCUCCGACGGCGCGUCCGUCUCGGACGGCAUUGUCCUGACCCACGGUGCCGCCGCCGCCGCCGACCGUGACAAGACUGAGGCCGACGCCCAUAUGCACGCCUACAUCUCGGACCAGCUGAGCCGCUACAAGAGCGAGAUGCAUGACCGCUUCUCACACGCAGACGAGUUUGAGACGUCUGCUAAUGGCAACGGAAACGGCCACGGCAGCGGCAGCGGCGGUGAUCAUUGA